AUGGCCUACAUCAUAAAGGAUGGCAAAAAGAAAAAGAUAUGUGACUGGGAGAUAUUUGUGAGCAUGUGCAGUGGAUCUCCUGUGGUGACUACUUUUGUGCAUCGUCACAAGUGCAAAUUCAGGCACAAGAACAAAAGUGUGACAUCAACCAUUGCUGGACAUAAUAAGAGAACGUGUCCUUCACGGAAAGCCUCGCAAGGGACACAAAAUGACCAAGCAGAAAUUCAGAACCAAAGCAUUGAGACCUCAGAUAAGUGUGGGUCAUAUGGAAUCCUAGGUCACAACGAGAUAACGUGCCCUUUCAUUGAACUUGUAGAUGGGGUUGUCGACCUUGCCAGCAAUUUUGAUGACCUUUCGAAUGUGGUCCAGCUUGACGUGGACGUUAAGAGGAAAGUGAUAGUCCCUGAUGAGGGCAAAACACAGUCAGAUGAUCUUAAUGAAGACAUCGUUGCAGAAAUAAAGGCUAUUGAAGCUGAAGCAGCAAUUAAAAUAGAACAGUUGACGAAGAAACAGAAAGUGCAAUUUGGAAUAGAUGCUGGUGCAGAACAAGUGCCAUUGCCAGCUUUAAGGAAAAGCCCUAGAAAAAAACUGAAAGAUCUUUCUGUAAAAGGGAGAAAGAGCAAUGUUCAGAUUAUUGGUGCAUCGACAAGCACAUCCAAGGGAAAACAGAAGAGUAUGUCUCAACCUAUUAAAAUUCUGAAGAAUGCGCACCUGAUUGGACAGGAUGUUCCCAAAGUUAAUAGGAAUGGUUUUGUUGUGAUUGCUUUAGUCUACUGUUUAUUUCCCUUUCAGAGUCUGUCACGGCCUGCAAAUCCUAAACCAACAAAGUUACGGGGAAAGAAAAAAAUUGUGGCUGGACCUGUAAAGGAGAAAAAGAAAGGAAAACAGAACAAAAAGUCUGGGUUUCAGCUUAUUGAUGAGCCACUUGAUGAUAUUCAGGAAGAGACUCGGAUUUCUGAAAUCCUAAUCCUUUACAAAAAGUCUGAGUUCGGAUUUCGCAAAUCCGAGUCUUUGUCAGAAUUGAAAAAAAAUUGGACUGGUUUUCAGCAAUCCUAA